GGUGGUAACGGGCGAGAUGGCGGACCUUUUAAAGCCUAAGAAGAAAACUUUAAAACGCUUUACUUAUCGUGGCGUUGAGAUAGAAAAAUUACUGGAUAUGAACAUGAAAGAAUUUUCUCGUCUUGCCACGGCUCGCAUUCGACGUCGCAUUAAACGAGGAGGCCUAAGAAAACGCCGUCAAGCUCGCUUACUUGAACGCCUUAGAAAAGCAAAGAAGCUGGUUACCGAAGCGGAUCCGAAACCUCCGAUUGUGAAAACGCACUUACGCAACAUGGUUAUUAUUCCUGAAAUGAUUGGAUCCAUCUGUGGUGUUUAUAAUGGAAAGACCUUUAAUCAAGUAGAAAUUAAACCUGAAAUGGUGGGAAUGUACUUGGGUGAGUUUUCUAUUACUUAUAAGCCCGUUAACCAUCAAAAGAAAGGUUUAGGUUCAACCAAGGCUCGUUUUAUUCCGAUGAAAUAAUUCUUUAUUAUGUUU